UUGCCAACCGAACGAAUUCGACUCGUUGCAUUGGAAUUAGCCCAUUCGAAACCCCAACAAAACCCCUAAAAACUAAACAUUCCACUGAUAUCCAAAUCUAGGGUUUCCGACGAAACUCUUUCGAAUCUCUCAUCCGAAAGGUGAGUGAGAGCAAUGGAUUUCGACGAGUACGAGUAUCUGGAGAAAACUGUGGAAGAAUCGGAGGAUCGGGAUGGCUCUAAGAAGAAGCGAGACGGUACAGCUGAGAAGAGCGAGAGGAGUUACAGAAAGAGAGACGCCGAUGAAGAUAUCGAUAACGGAGUAGAGGAGCGCAGGAGGAGCAAAAAAUCAAGAGACGAUGACGAUGAGAAGCGCGACAAGGAUCGUCAUAAGAGCAGCCGGGAUAGAGAUAGAGAAAGAGAAUCUGAGAGGGACAGGGACAGAGGCAGAGAUAGGGACAGGGAGAGGGAUAGCAGGGAGAAGGAUAGGGAGAGGGAGAGGGGUAGCAGGGAGAAGGAUAGGGAGAGGGAGAGGGAGAGGGAGAGGGGUAGCCGGGAGAAGGAUAGGGAGAAGGAGAAGGAGCGGAGAGAACGAGAUAGGGAGAGAGAAAGAGAGAGGGAGAAGAGAGAGAAGUCCAAUCGGGAGAGGGAGAAGGAAAGAGAUAGGGAGGGAGAGGUCGAGAGAGAGGUGUCUAGAAGAAGCAGAAGCCGCUCGUCAAGGAGACACGACAGUGUUGAGAAGGAGAGGGAGAAGGAGCUUAGAGAGGGAGAACAUGAAAUAGAGAUGAGAGAUCACAGGAGAUUUAAAGACAAGAAAGAAACUGUGGAGCCUGAAGCUGAUCCUGAAAGGGACCAGAGAACCGUUUUUGCCUUCCAGAUGCCUCUAAAGGCAGAGGAGAGGGAUGUUUAUGAGUUCUUCUCAAAAGCAGGCAAGGUGAGGGAUGUUAAAUUGAUAAUGGACAGAAAUUCAAGACGUUCAAAAGGAGUUGGGUAUAUCGAAUUUUAUGAUGCGAUGUCUGUGCCAAUGGCGAUAGCUCUCUCUGGCCAGCUGCUUCUGGGACAACCUGUAAUGGUUAAACCGUCUGAGGCUGAAAAGAACCUUGUUCAAUCUAAUACUUCUGGUGCCAGCGCAGGUGCUGUUAUUGGACCUUAUGGAGCUGUUGACAGAAAACUCUAUGUUGGAAAUUUGCACUUUAACAUGACGGAGAUUCAGCUUAGACAGAUUUUCGAACCAUUUGGCACUGUCGAGCUUGUGCAGCUGCCACUUGACCUAGAGACUGGACACUGCAAAGGCUUUGGGUUUGUUCAAUUUGCGCAACUUGAAAGUGCAAAGUCUGCUCAGAGCGCUUUGAAUGGACAAUUGGAGAUUGUUGGUCGAGUAAUCAAGGUCUCAUCUGUUACUGAUCAUGUUGGAACACAAGAUAUUGCAGCAAAGUCUGCAGACUUUGAUGAUGAUGAUGGGGGUGGACUGUCUUUGAAUGCUCAGUCAAGAGCUAUGUUAAUGCAGAAGCUGGACCGCACUGGCGUAGCCUCAAGUAUUGCAGGGUCUCUUGGAGUACCCAUAUUAAAUGGAUCUGCUCCAAGUCAGCAGCCCAUUGGCUUACCUAUUAAUGGACUGGCUGCGACACCAGUUCUUCCAGCUCAAGUUUUCCCAUCUCCAGCCUCUGAACCUAUUGGACUCGCUAGCGAGUGUUUAUUGUUAAAAAAUAUGUUUGAUCCAGCAACUGAGACUGAGCCAGAUUUUCACUUGGACAUCAAAGAUGAUGUUGAAGAAGAAUGUUCAAAGUAUGGCCGAGUAAAACAUAUAUAUGUGGACAAGCAUAGUGCUGGUUUUGUGUAUUUACGGUUUGAAAGUGUUGAAGCUUCAGCAAAUGCUCAACGUGCAAUGCAUAUGAGAUGGUUUGCGCGGAGGUUGAUUUCUGCUAUUUUCAUGCCACCUCAUGAAUAUGAAGCAAAGUUCAGAGGUUAAAUUUGAACAAGCUGUCACUGGCCGCGGGUUCCUUGUGAUAAUUUCUGGUGGGAAUACCUUUUAUAUGAGAAAAAUCACUAUUGGCGCAUAAUACUAUUGCAUUGGUCGUCCUUAUUUCCUUGUUCGGUCUAGAAAUUCCUCGUAGUGAACAUUUCUCGCAUGCAACUAUCUCAUGAAUGCGUGUUAGGUUCAUGGGUGGAACCUGAUCAAGUCAUGACUAGGAUUACUUCUAAUUUCGCUCGGGCUGCGGCUGGUUGGAAUGCUAUAGCAUGUUCAUAUUUUAUAUAUUUUGAACGACAUAAUGAGUUGCGGUAGUAUAAUCUUUUUUCCAAUCAUGCCUAUGUAAUGUAGUUUUGGAUUUUCAAUUGUCCAUUUAAGCCGGACGUGUGUUUAAAAGAGACCUAGUUAUAUUUGCUUUCCCAAGACCUUUUUAGAAUGGUAGGUACUCAAAUCUCUUAAUGUAACAGGGUUCUCUGAAUGCAAAGAUUUGUGUACUCUUUACUUUGGCAAAAGCGAGGUUAGAAUAGAAAGUUUUGAUUGUUUAGUUA